UCAUUCCUUGUCCAUACUCACUUUUUAUUUUUUUUCGUUCCCAGUUAUUCACCCCUUUUUAUAUUUGUUUUUAGCUGGUGAAUCUGUCAACAUUUUUUUUUGUAUUUUUCCCCAAAAAAAAGAUUUUAUCAAGGCUAAAAUAAAAAUAUUAUUUUAUUUUGUUUAUUAUUAGCUAUCUAAACACACUAAAAUUUGUUAAAAUAAUUUUAUAGACCAAAAUAUUUUUUUUAUUUGUAAAAAUAUCUGUCUGCUCAUAUAUAUAUAUGUAUUUUUUACAUUAAUUUACUUUUUUUUUUUAAUUUUUUGUCCAUAUUGAGAGACACUCUAAUCGAGAGAGUUUUCCUUCCAUUAAAUAAUCGUGAUCUCGUUAUAACUACACUUAUUUACACAGCUUUUGAAGGUGUAUCUUUUAAUUGGUUACUUGUCGGUCAGUCUAUUUGUGGUGUUAUGACGAGAAUCAAUUUUAUUUCUCAUAUUCAUUUGUUAUAUCAACACCUGUUGAUUGGUUUACUGACCGUUCGAGGGUUAAUAAGAUAUCCUAACAGUCAGCCCAUUGCGUGGGCUCUAUCUUUAUAUCAGCAUCAUCCUGCCGACUCUCGUUAUAUCAGUACAUAUUUACACGCCCAUGAUUGUUAG